CGUGCAAAUUAAGACGAAACAAAAUAAUAAUGGGAAAGCGACAACGCAGUGACUAUAAAGAUGAUGGGACUUCAUCUACCGAGUCUAACGAUGAUACCACAAGUCCUGCAAAAAUGAACGGUGGUGAAAUAUGUACACAUAUACAGAAGGCAAUUGAUUUGAUAACGAUACGGAAAAAGAUCAAAACCGAGGGUUACGAUAGCGUUUGCAAAAAGUGUGAUGAAGAAGGUCGUUUACACAGUGAACUUUUGGUCGAACAUGGUGCCGUUCUUGAUAAUACUUUAUGGCUCUGCCUGAAGUGCGGCUGUCAGCUAUGUGGACGAAAAAAUAAUCAACAUGCUCUACAGCAUUAUAGAGCACUUAGCAGUGAUAUGCACGCUCUGGCGAUGAAUACAACAACAUUCGAUGUUUGGUGCUAUUUUUGCAACUUACCAGUUGAUCCCUACGCGAAACCGAGACUACUUGAUAUUGUCGAGUUUGUGAAACGGGAGUCAUUUAAAGUUCGAUCGAUUAAUUCAUACAAUGAAACGAAUGAGCAGGAUAAACAGUUACAGAUUACCACGGAAUCAGUGCGUAAAAUGAUGAUAAACACUUUCAGGUUUGUCACACCUGUAGCAGAGACCUACAAUCUCUCCGAGGCACCGAAAAAUCCUGAUGAAGCUGCUACAGUGAUCGGGAGUCGUUCCACCGCUGAAAAUCGAACGGCAGCCGUUGAACAAGGGUCAUCGUUUGCGACGGCUGCACAAGGGUCAACCGUGGAAGCCACAUUUCCAGAUAAAGGUGUGAUCAGUGUCGACAAAAGAUCAUUCGUUGAUUCGCGAUAUAAGAAAAUCAUUAUUGACAGUUUGCCGUGCGUACGCGGUCUCUCCAAUUUGGGGAAUACUUGCUUCUUCAAUGCAGUGCUACAGUGCUUGGCCCGAACUCCUUAUUUGCUAUCUAUUCUGCAGCAGUCAGCAGUUGAAGGAGAACGGGUGCACAUUCCUGGCGGAAUGUUGCAACUGGGCGAUGGCACCGAAACGCUACUGCCACCAAUAGACGGUGAACUAGAUACGUGGCGAAGUCUUACAGAUGCUUUCGCAAGCCUACUUGGUGAGCUUACAGCAAGCUCUAACAGUGUACUGUCACCGAACCGGUUGCUGCUGGAGCUAACCAGUAAGUGGCCACAGUUUGAUGGUGGUGACCAACACGAUUCGCACGAGCUUUUGCGUCACUUGCUGGAGAGUGUGCGAACCGACGAUUUACGCCGCUAUCAGGCCCUGAUACUUUAUUCGCUUGGGUUAGAAAAACGUAAAAACCAGCAGAAUAUCGACGAAACACGCAAAGCAAUGGUAAAGUUUUAUGGUGAGCAAAUUUCGCAGUGGGUCUUCCGACCUGAGCAAGUAUUUCGUGGAUCGCUCGUGUCAACGCUCACCUGUCAGGACUGUUAUCACACUUCGUCGCGGCAUGAGUAUUUUCUCGAUAUUUCUUUACCGGUUUGUGUCGAGAAACCGCAACCGCCAGUUCGCCGUAAAAGCAGUCCGGAACCAGCUGCCGACGAUCAGGUGAACAGCAGCGUGAGCCAGCAUCCUUCUACGAAAAAUCUCAACAAACGCGAACGAGAAAGAGAAAAGAAAGCGAAGCGCAUGGCAAAGCACCAAAAGAAUCGCAUCAAUCUGUCGUCUGUUAACACAGCGGCUAUGCCGCAGUCGGUGUCCACCGAUGCAAGCAAGCGAUGUGAAGACAAUGGGACGGACUCAAUUGGACUGUUAAGCAGUAGUUCUAUGCAGCAGCAACAGCAGCAUUUGGUGUUCGACGCCGGGGAUGGAGCAGAAAGAGAGGAAAAUGCAUUGUCGUCGGAUGAUUCGAACGAGCCGUCUGACGCCGAUGUUGAGGAUAAUGACGUGACCGAUGACCCAUUGUCGCGGACGGUAUGUCAACCGCCAGUUUCGGCCACGAUCGACCAGAACGGCAAUCACGCUUCCUGUGCCGUAUUUACGGGACCGGAGAAACUGGACGACACUCCGGAAAAUUGGAACAAAGAAUCCGAGCGGAACAUUGUGUGCUCGGUGGGAAUCAGUGCCGAGCGAGCAGCACACAUGGCGAAGAUGUUAAACAGUCGACAGGCGGGAAGUGUUGAAUUAGACGAGAACCGAGCCAAACUAAAACGUACACUACCAGGUACAGCGCGUCGGCAACGCACGCACAGCCAUGCCGAUUGGAGUAAUACGAUCGCACCGCGUUACCAGUGCGAGGACGGCGAGUAUUCGGUACAGUCAUGUUUCAACAAUUUCACCGCCGUUGAACUGAUGACGGGUAACAACAAGGUGUGCUGCGAGGCGUGCACCGAACGCAUCAAUGGUAAAGGGGGCAAGUCGGUGAACACAAACGCUACGAAACAGUUUCUGAUAUCCGUGCCGCCGGCCGUACUGAUCUUGCACCUGAAGCGUUUUCAGGUAGGACCGCGCGGAAUGUUCCGAAAGCUCACGAAACCGGUUUCUUUUCCCUUCGUGUUGGAUAUUGCUCCAUUUUGUGGAUCUAAAGUAAAGCGAGCCGCUCAUAUACGGCCAGGUCAGAAGAAUAUCCUGUACGCACUGUAUGGCAUCGUGGAACACUCGGGAUCGAUGCACGGAGGUCAUUAUGUUGCGUACGUGAAGGUGCGUCCAUCGUUCGGAGCGGAUGACGUACGGUGGAAGUUCAUACCGCAAGGCACGAAAGACGAGCUGGAUCGACUUUCCGAGCAGGAGAUGGCAAAGGUUCAAGCAAUGCGCAUGGGUAGCAGCAACAGUAGCUUCUUGCCAGACAGUGACGAUUCAGUCAGCCUUAACUCUUCCAAUCGGUCAAACGACGGUCAUGAUGAUUCUUCUGAGCACGAGGAGGCACCUGAACCUGAACCAUUGGAGGAGGAGCGCAUGCUAUUAACUGCGGAGCCAGAGGAGGAAGAAGAAGGUGCAGUUGGAUAUACACCAAAACCAACCGCGGAACCUUCACUAGAUGCCAAUGCUCCUCCGGGUAAGUGGUAUUGCGUUUCCGAUAGCUACGUACGCGAAGUGACCGAGGAGUCAGUACUGAAAGUGCAGGCCUAUCUUCUGUUUUAUGAACGAAUAUUUUAAAUUACUUUCUCUUGCGAUGAUACUUCCAUUACAUGACAAAAAAUAUGUGCAGCCAACAUUUGGUGAGGAACAGGUGGUUCGUUUAAUCUCGAUACUCCUUUCCAUGUUAAUAAUUGAUGUUCAUGCUGCUUCAAGGCAAAGUUCUACCCGGAAUUUCUAAAACUUAUUUCUAAUUGUUCAUCAAAAUAUAGUUUUCCACUCCUUCAAUGAGAGCUUCUUCUGCGCUGCAAGUGUCAAUGCCACUUGCGCCACUGUUUAAUCCUCUCAUCCAUAUAUUGUUGUAAACUGUAACAUGAAUCCACUUUAGCACCUCUUUCGAUGUUAACAACUAUGCUGGGUAGACCUUUGACAGAAAAGUAGUAUAUAGUCAUCGACAUUAAUAAUCGAUCCAUGGAGUCUCUUUCGAAAUGGUACACAAAAAACGCAUUGUUUUUCUCAGAGUUCUAUUUUUGUUGCCAUAAACUUGAUAUUUAUGAAAUGUCUGUGUUGCAACAAAGCCAAUGUUUCUUUUACUAUUGUUUUGUUUUGAUGACAAUCCGUUGUAUUAGGCCUAAACCUUUUGUAUAUGUCCGUACUCUGUGGAUAUCGGCUGGGGACGUUGCGCAAUCAGCAACGUUGGUUAUCGUCAAAUAUAACCAAGAUCGUUAUCGUCAAAAUAUAUAAGUCAGCCAAAUGCCGCGAACAUAAGAAAGACCGCAAUACCAAAUCGUGCUGUUGAAACAAAGAUAUCCAUCAGUGUUUUAGGUAUUUUAUACAUGAAGUACAGAGACCCAGGGAUGGGAGCGACAUUUGCUCCUACGAUUUCUUUUAUGUCCAUGCGCUAGGGAACUUGAUAGUUAUUGCAUGUAUUUCGGCAGGAUGAAGCUUGCAUGUAUUUCGGCAGUAAAGGGACGCAUUGCUAAUGGGCAAUUGUUUUCCUUUUCCUGACAGUGUUAACAGAAUUUUGUAAAUUAUCCUCUAGCUUUUGUCGAAAUGGUCUCUUAUGCUGUUCUUAGUGUGAGAACGUGGAUGAAGCAUUAUUUUCUAUUCAGUUUUGUUUUACCUACCUUUACACCAAUUUAAGUAUAACGACACAACUGUAAAAUAUGAUAAUAAAUAUAUAAGCUAUAUCCUUAAAAACAUCCACAAAUAAAAAUA